AUGGCCACCGCACCGCUCUCACAAGUGCGCCAGAACUACCACCCCGACUGCGAGGCCGCCAUCAACAGCCAGAUCAACCUGGAGCUCUACGCCUCCUACGUGUACCUGUCCAUGGCCUUCUACUUCGACCGCGACGACGUGGCCUUGAAGAACUUCGCCCAGUUCUUCCUGUGCCAGUCCCGCGAGGAGACCGAGCAUGCCGAGAAGCUGAUGCAGCUGCAGAACCAGCGCGGGGGCCGCAUCCGCCUCCGCGACAUCAAGAAGCCAGACCGCCACGACUGGGAGAGCGGCCUGAAGGCCAUGGAGUGCGCCCUGCACCUGGAGAAGAGCGUGAACCAGAGCCUGCUCGACCUCCACCAGCUGGCCACCGACAAGAGCGACGCCCACCUGUGCGACUUCCUCGAGAGCCACUACCUGCACGAGCAAGUCAAGUCCAUCAAAGAGCUGGGGGGCUAUGUCACCAACCUGAGCAAGAUGGGGGCCCCGGAAGUCGGCAUGGCAGAGUACCUCUUUGACAAGCUCACCCUGGGCGACAGCGACAAAAAGAACUGA